AUGGCACCUCAUCGUACAUACCACGACCCCGAUGAGGAGAUCGGGUAUAUCCCACUACCUGAUAUAUCAACCCAUCAGCUUGACCAACUCACGGACCUGUUGUGGAUGGAUCCAGGAGUCAACAUAGCUGUGCCGGAUAAAGACUGGUUGCUAGACCAGCAAGCUCGUGUAGCUAAACUCGACAAAUCAAACCGCCGUUCCACCAAACUCUUGGCCCGUCUCUCUGCCAAACUUGAAAGUCUGUCUUACACACUUGGUGCUGACGGUUCGCCAACAGCAUGUCUGUGCCCAGCCCAUCAUGGUCUUGACCCUAAGUUGAUCCGGCGACUUAUGCUCUUGAUCAUCGUCGAAUGCACUGAACGUAUCCAAACUCUGCGCACUUGGCGACAGCGUAUCGCUUAUCCCAGUGCUGUUAUCGCAUGGCUGGAUCGCAUCGAUGCCGUGACUGGACUUUGGAUCGGUCGUAAAGCUUUCAAUGCCACCUUUGGCUACGAACGUGUUUCGCCCACAAACCUCGUAGUCAAAAGCAAGUGCGAAGCUUGCAUCAUGUCGGUCAUUGGUGGUAGACCUCAGGUGCUGAGUGAUCUGCGAGCGACAUUGACUACGCGACGGGAUCGCCACAUCGACCGAGGUGGUAGAGAUCCAAGACUUCUCCGACUUAUUGAGUCUUGGAUAUCACACCAGCAUGCUGAUAGUCGUAGGGCCAUUUACACUGGAAGUGCUGAGAUCAGCAAAGAACUGAGCAAUCUGAUCAACACCAUCAACUGCCUGAGAGAGGAACGCCCGGGAUCUCAAAUAUCUCGAUCUUCAUAUCGAUCAGGUAAUAACCAUCCAUCGAGAGCGUAUGAAGAAGACGGUAGGCGCGGCCGUGCUCGUACUCGGCAAUCAUCUCAUGAACAGUCGUCUCGACCAAGCUACAGCAUCCACAGCCAGGAGGACAGACGCACAUUUCUUCGUCCAGAAUCAAGAUCUAGUCAGUCGAGUGCUCAGUUCCAAGGGGACGAGCAAAAUUGGAUGGAUGAAGACGUGGACUACCAAGCGUCGCUAUGGAUGGAUUGUCAGAUGCAACAGCGAGGACUUACGGCCAACGAACGAAGACAACUCUUUGAGGACGAUGUGCAUCCCGCCUUCAGCGACUAUGCAGAGAGUGUCAGGAACAUGUCUCUCGGUGAUCGAUUGCAGAGGGACUUUGCGCCUGAGCAGAACAAGAGAGCAAGCAUCGUGCCAGAUGAACAGAUGGAAACAUCAUCUGUCUACAGUAACCCAAGUGCCGUGCCACCUCCUCUUAGCUUCAGCAGAGGACCAAGCCCCCCUGAUACCACUGCCGGUAAUAGCCCUGCGGAAACUGAGUGGGUGCCUGUCUCGGUAUUUUCGCUCCAAGCAAGUGCUGCAGGCGGUUCACCUCCUCGUCAAGACACUGUGGAGCCGACCAAUGGAAGCGGUCGAGAGUCUACUACAUACGCCGAAUACCAAGCACAUAUAGAUUUCUGUCGGAAAUACGGAUUCAAGACGGGUCUCUCGUCUGAAGAUGGGGAGCCAUCAACUCCUCGGCCACCACGGGGUGGAAAGCAACGAACUUCGGUCGCUCCAUCAAUUGCAGCGUCGAGCGUUUACUCUUCGCAUCCUGGGUUUAGACACUCACAAGAGAACGUGGGUUCAUUAGGCGGUCAGACGGGCCUUCGGUCAUCACGUAUGUCGACUCAGAGCCAGCCCAAGAAGAGUCUGUGGGAUCAGUUGCGGGAGGAUAGACGACGACUGAGGGAAGAUAGUGAUGAGGAGUAG